CGCAAGCGCCGACCGGUGUAUCUUCACCUACUUCCAUCGCUCUUGGUCGUAGAAUCCGCGAAAAUCCGGAACGUAACGCGGUCGUCUAUUUUCGUUUAUCUGAAGAGGCAGCCGCCUCCCGCGACACUGCUGAUCUCAGCCAAGCAGGUGAACGAAAGAAUUCGAAAGUUCGAUGUCAGCUCUUCUAGAUGUAUGCGGAAAUGAUACCGGGUCACCAUCGAUAUCGAAGGCCGAUGAUAAUCUGUCCAAUAGCGAUGGGCCUUUGAUUAAAGGCAUUAUUCGCCAAAAUAGUUGCGGCAGCAUGCAUACGAGGACAAUCGCUUCUUCGUACGGCAUGUCGACAGGUGAAAAAUCUAAAAGACGUUAUUGUCUCUGGAUGUUGACUUUGGUCCUGGCGAUAAUCGGUCUCUGCAAUCUUUUUCUAAACAUUACUGUCAUCGCUGUUUUACGCAUAAGUCAAGGAAUGGAAGCUAUAGAAGUAAUCCCAGACGAAAACCUUGUCAAGUUCUAUGGAAGAACAGAUUUGGACAAGAUAUCCCUGCAGUCAGGCAUCUGCCAGAGUUACGGCGAUGAGCCAAUGGAAAUAUCUGGUGAUGAAGCUGGGGUGCAUGUUGACGUGAAGAAUCGCGGACAGAUCCACGAAACAUAUCCACAUUCGAAGCUAGGCAUUUUACCGAAUGGUACCACUAUGUCACAGGUGGAAUCAUUUGAAGUGAAGGAUCCACGUACCGGUACAAUUUACUUUACUACAGACUUCCCUAACUUUGGUCUACCAAACGGCGUCGAAACGAUCGACGUAAGAAUCGCAGAGACUCAUCGAAUUACGUCGCCAGUCAAUGAGAGCCUGGCAGUCAAGUCUGACAACGAAGUCUCAUUGCACGGUGCCGAGGGCGUACACAUGGAAAGCAAAGAUAUCGUGUGGAGCGCCGAUCUCGAUAUCUUCUUAAAGAGUGUAAAUGGAAGCGUCGUGCUGGACGCCAAGGACGGCGUUUUUAUCGACGUGGAGGAUAUUCCGGUGGCACCGAUGUUCCUGCAAAGCCCGACCACGAGCUUCGAGCAGUACAAAGUCUGUGUGUGUAUGCCACAGGGCAAACUUUUUAAGAUACCAGUCCGGCCGGGUGCAAGUUCUCGUACGGUUAAUUGCGCGCGAGUCGUCAGAACCCCGGAGAAUGAUCCUUGCCUACACUAGGUUCUAAGUGAAGUGACAAAUGUAUUCUACCAUACACUUCGUUACACGCUUAAAUGACGUGCACAUCACUGCCAAAUUGCAAGUGCAUGCAAAAUAUAAGCAUAUUUCGAAUAAUGUGUGCACAAUAUUAUGAGAUUCAAUGUGCAUACCUCAUCAGGACGAAUAUAUUCGAAAUAGUAAAAAAACCAGCUGAUCUCCCAAAUAUUUACACGAUAUCACUGCAACACAGUCGUCCAAAUGUUUAAGGAGAUCAGAUACAUUUUUCGUUAAAAAAAUUUACAUAAAACUAAUCUUCAGAGAUCAAAUCU